AUACCGACAUGACCAAGCUAGCUUGCAAGCCCUCUGUCUUCAACGAAUAUCUGUGGGGUCUCAAAAGCUAUCUUUUGGCUGUUGAGUAUCUUGCAAAAGCAAUAAAAUCUGAAUACAACCUCUACGGCUUCCCAUGGGCAUUCCUGGCUUGGGCUUUUGAAGCUAUUCCGAAACUUCAACGAAAUGCUAAGAAUGUUCCCCCUGAGAGGACAUUGCCACGUAUGCUAAGGUGGAUGUCGUAUGGAGGCCUAAAAAAAUCUAUGGAUCCAUUCAGUACCACUGAUGAAAACGUAGUGCACCCUUUCCUGAUUCCUACAAAUGCAGAAAAAAGGGAAAAAUACAUGAAGGACCUUGAGCUAUUUUCCAGUGAGGAAGCCGAUGAAAAAAUUGAUAUGUUAAAAGCAGAAUUGAUUGGGGUGACAACAAUCAUAACGGGUGAAGUAGGAGCUAGGGAGGUUGGUGGUGAGGACAGGAUCCCAGUAAGGAGUGGGGCAGAGGAAAGGAGCCCACCAAGGGGUGGGGGUAUAGAAAGAAACACUCCAAGAGGGACGGGUGAUGAAAGGAACCCGCGGAGCCCUUUAGUGAAUUCUGGUGACAAAUUUGUUGGUAGUCCAGUCAACUUUGAUUUUGGUGGUCAGUAUAGUGAAGGAGGAGUUGGUGCAGGAUCUUUUGGUGUUUGUCCUUCAAAUGCGAAGUGCUCAUGUGAAUGUCUCACUUGUGCGGAGAAACAAAGACAAUUGGAACUGAAAAUUUCUAAAAUGGAGGAGGAGUUCAAAGAAAUGGGGAAGUCUGUCAAACAACUUGUAGAAGAAUUAUCUACCUUGAAUAAAAAACUCGAGCCUAGGAGGAUGUUAAGGAAUUCCAAAUACAUAAGAACUCCAUUUACUGCUGGUGCACGUAAAACGAAGAAGAGAAUAAGUGUGACAAAUCUACUGCCUGAUAUUUACAAGCCUCUUGACAUUGAUAAGAGCAAGGAAAGAGUGGAACCAUAAACUAGGGAUGUGUUUGUUGGGAAAGAGUGGAACCAUAAGACAAAUCUACUGCCUGAUAUUUUCAACGGAAGGGACACAUAUGGUUGAUGUGUUGGCCAACACCAUACGCCUCUCGUGAAACUUUUAAGCAAACCUCCUAUUUAUAGAAUUGAAUAGAGCAGUAAUCGGGAAUUCUCUUUCCGCCAAGAACAUCGAGUUAAUUGACUCAGCAAUGUUGGUGGUCAU